GGGAAAAUGGGUUGUGCGGACCUAAAGAGGAGGAAGCCUCCUAAGGACAAUAAAAUACACCCAUGACCCCAUCCUCCAUAUUAUGUUUGGAUUGAUUGCAUUGGGAUAUUUCUUCCACCCCUUGCAAUCACUCGGCCAACCAAGAGGGAGAGAGAGAGAGAUCCAGCAACUCUUCAUCUAAACUCAAGCUUGAAGGAAGCAAGAGUAGGAGAAAUCCAAGGAGAAAACUAGCAAGGAAGAAGUUUCAGGUAGAACUUGACGGUUGCUGCCACCGCCCGUUGCUUCGGGGGAGAUCAAAGGGGGAAGACGUGGUUCGUGCUUCUUCCGUUUCUGUUUUGAAAACAAUUUAAAUAAUGCUCAUGGAUAUUUUCUUGAAUAAUCAUUUGGGGGCUUGUAUGCCCAUGUUUGCCGAGUGUGGCAUAAACACUUGUAUUAAAUGUUUCCGCUGCUUAAAUGAAUAUUUUACAUUAUGCUUGUUUAUGGAUGUACUAUGUGUGAAUGGUAUUCAAGACGCCUUGUAUAGUAUGGAUGAGUUGGACUGCGGUUGACUAUUCGUACUGUACGGCGGGUUGUUGACGUGUCCGGAUAGGUCCGGGGCGUGACACCUGGAGUUCAAGAGAUGCAUAUAUGAACAUGCAGUGUAUCUAAAGGCUACUGAAAUGGAUGUCAUCAUAGUUGGUGUGUAUGUAGAUGAUCUUUUUCUCACAGGAUCAAAUCCAGGACACAUUCAGAACUUCAAGACAGAGAUGAUGAACAUUUUUUAUAUGAGUGACCUGGGAAUACUCAGUUACUAUCUGGGGUUGGAAGUGAAGCAAGAGGAAGGAGUCAUAAGUUUAAAUCAAUCAAGCUACGCUAAGAGAAUCUUGGAACAGAUGGGAAUGGGAGAAUGUAACCCCUGCAGCAUACCUAUGGAACCUAGGAGCAAACUCAGCAAGUUUGAUGAAGGGAUACCUGUUGAUUCUACAUUGUACAGAAGUGUUGUUGGAAGUUUGAGGUACUUGGUAAACACUCGACCUGACAUAGCAUAUUCUGUGGGGAUUGUAAGCAGAUAUAUGGAAGCACCAACUCAAACUCACAUGAAUGCAAUAAAGCAUGUCCUAAGAUAUGUCAAAGGAACAUGUAAUAUGGGGUGUGUGUUCAAGCAUGGAGACAAAAUCAGUAGGCUGACUGGUUUUGUGAUAGUGAUCUUGCAGGAGAUGUGGAUGAUCGAAAGAGUACAACAGGAAUCCUAUAUUUUCUUGGGGAAAACCCAAUAACUUGGGUGUCACAGAAACAGAAAAUUGUGGCACUCUCCUCCUGUGAGGCAGAGUAUAUUGCAGCCAC